AUGUGGAACGCAGAAAAAGGAUCGACCAUCUACAAGAGACAAGUGAGGGCAGUCAAGGUUUCGCUGCACAAGGUUCUAGGCCGCACUAGUCUGAAUUUCGAAGAACUGACAACUGUACUCACAGAGGUAGAAGCAGUAGUCAACUCCCGUCCGGUGACUUUCAUUUCCACCGAUGCAAACGAACGAGAGGCUCUCACUCCAGCACACUUUCUAAUGGGACACAAAUUGACCAACCUCCCCUCCCAUCAAAUUCCAGAAGAAGAUCAAGCAAGCCCUGAAAACUUGGCGCGAGGUUGGAAAUAUCGAAAUACCAUUAUAAAUCAAUUUUGGAGAAGAAGGGGAUCGGAAUAUUUGCUAGAACUGAGAUCAGCCCACAUCGCUAAACCCAACAAUUCAAAUUGUAUACAAACCGGUGACCUGGUCCCUCUCAAGGACAAUAGACUACCGCGACAUAUGUGCAAAAUCUGCAGGGUCAACGAGACAUUCCCAGAAAGGGACGGCAAGGUGCGGUCUUGCAGUAUAAUUACACCCAGUGGUCGUGAACUUUGCCAGCCGAUACAGUUAUUAUAUUCCCUGGAAUUGUAA